ACACUACACAUACUCCAGUUAUGUAGUGUCCUUAACUCUUUUAAAUUGUAUAAAAGAACAGUCAUGCGACAGCUCUUUAGUCAGUAAUCAUCGAUUAACUGAGACAUCAAUAACUCUUCAAAAUGUACAAAGCGUGUGUUUUGUUCGCCAUUUUAUCUGUAGCUUUGGCUGCUCCUGCUGCUGAACCGAAAGCUAAAGCCAAGCCUGGAUUGGUAGCUGCUGCUUACACCGCUCCUGUUGUUGCUGCUCCUGUUGCUGCCGCUCCUGUUGCCUACGCGGCAGCUUACACUGCUCCUGUUGGUUAUGUUGCCCCAGCAGUGUACAACGCAGGUUAUACCGCUUAUUCGCCUUACACUGGAGCGCUCGUUGUUGUGUAAAUAUGUAAAAAUGUGUUAGUAGUUUAGUCAAUAAAAAAUUGAAUGGUCAA